AUGAAGGAUGGUUUUUUGAUCAAACGAUAUAAAGGUCCUCAUAGUAAUACUGUGAACGAUGUCUCCAUAUCUCCUGACAAUCAGGGUUUUGUGUCUUGUGGAGAUGAGCGCGAUAUUUUCUUUUGGGACGUGACGAAUGCACGUGUCAUUCGGAGGUACCUAAUCGUUUAUUCGAUCAUCCAGAGAGUCAAUUCGGUAUGCUUCAACAAGGAAGGAACAGUGUUUGCUUCUGGAAGCUAUGAUACCACUGUGAAGUUGUGGGAUGUUCGAUCGCAUGACCGUGGUGGCCAGUGCAUUCAAACUCUCCCAGAGGCGAAGGACAGCAUUGUUUCUGUCAUUCUCGACGAAACAAGCAUCAUUUCGGGGUUCUCUCUUGUUCUCGCUUUGAGUUAUAGGAGUGUGGACGGCAGCAUCCGAUCCUACGAUAUUCGCGCAGGAAUGAUGAACCAGGAGCAGCUAAAUGUCCCCAUCAGUUCUGUCUCCGUUUCUCGCGACGGGCAGUGCUACGUUGCCAGCACGACAUCCAGCACAGUUGUAGUAUUGGAGCGAACGACUGGGCAGCUUUUGAACGAGUACAAGUCGCAUCGAUCCGAGGAGUAUAAAAUCGAGAGCAUUUUCAACAACACGGACGCGUAUGUGAUCACUGGGAGCGAGGACGGAGAGAUCGUGGUUUAUGACUUGGUGACAGCGGAGCGAAAAGCCGCGCUGAAGCAUCAUCGACUUCCUGUGUGCAGCGUGGCGCAGCAUUUCGCGCGGAACACGCUGUUGGCAGGGUCGUUCGACGGGACGAUCUCUGUGUGGGACUAG